GAGAUCGCAUAUGUGUGGUGAGAAAUGAUUGAGUGAAGCACUUAAGUUGGGGAUCUUUUGCUGAAUUUUAUGUAAAUACCUAAAACAAUGCAAGCAAGCAAGCAAGCAAGCAAGCAAGCAAGGACAAAUCAGAGAUCAAAGCCCUCAUCGACCUUUACUCUUUUUGAAUUUAUUGUUACUAUCAUUUUUUUAUUUUCUUCUUGUUAUUAAUCUGUUUUUCUUCCCUCGGCAAACCGUUUCGCAGCACAAAUUACGCUGCUUCCGAAACCUCAACUAGAAGGAGAACGACUUAGAACCCUAAUUCUCCAACGGUUUCGCCAAUGCUAAAACCCUAGAAGUGCCUUCUUUCUCUCUGGACAACUCUGAUUGUCUGCACUCUGCAACCCUUCCUUGGAUUAAUUAUUUACCGUCGAUGAAGGAAUUAGAAGAAGGAGAAGGAACCAACAGGUCUGGUUCGGUGGCAGGAGCAGCAGCAGCCAAUACUGAUGCCCGUUCUUCUCUUCCUCCUCGUAAGAGACUUCUCUCCGGUUUGAAGCAGGAUGGAUGUGAAUCUGCGGAUUCUGCUUCAUCUGCUUCGUCGGUUCGGUUCCGAAGAAAGACGCGAGAAUUGCCGAAUAUCUCCGAUUGCCAUGCAUGCGACGCUCAAAUGAGCAAUAAGGGCAAAGAUAAGCUUCUAACCCUAGAUAGUGAGUGGCGCGUUUUGCUACUUUGCAAGAAAUGCUUUGACGGUGUAGAAUCUGCAAAAAUUUGCUCUUACUGUUUUUUGGGAGUAUCUGAGGAGAGUGCUGGUUGUCGCAAGUGUCAACGGAGGAUUCACAGAGCUUGCAUUUUGAAGUAUCCUGGGUUUGUUCUGUGUUCCAAUUCGGGUUCAGGUUCUUUUACGUGCAUUGAUUGUUGGGUUCCAAAAUCGCUUGCUAAUUCAAAUGGAGCUUGUAGGAGCAGGAACCCUCGUGGAGAUAGCAAGAUAAUGUCAGAUGCUUGUUCGGUGGGUGAUUCUUGCUCCAAGUCAUUGGAGGAUGCGGUAAAAGAUGCUAACUUGGCUGCGGAGAAGAAGAUUGCUUCUGCAACUUUGGCAAGACAGAAGGCUUUCACGAAAGCUGUUGCAGCAAGAAGAGCUGCAGAGCUGGCAAGAAAUGCUCUGAAUUUGGCUGUGGUGGCUGCAAGAGAUGAGAAUAGAGAGAAUGAUUCUCCAGCAAGUUGUGCUUUGAUUGUUGACGAUGCAGAAUUGGCACUCCGGUUGCAUCGGGCAAUCAACAGCUCACCAAGGAUCGCCAAGGACUUGUGCUCAUUAAACUCAGACUACUUGCGUUCUCCGAGGAUGCGGCACCCUAAUGGUAAUUCAUUAGCUAGGGCCUCUGAUCCCGGAAGUCCUAGUGUUUGUGGAAAGCUUGAAAUUUGCAGCGAUAACAAAUUAUUUGAAAAUCCUGAUAAAACUAUUUCAGAACCUUCAGUUCGCAUUUUCACGCCGGAUCAUGAUUCUUUAACUGACUUGAGUGCUUUGGGAGAAAAUACUGUGGUGGACAAAGAUUCAAGUUCUCAAGUAAAGCAGUGUAAAGAAAAUGGUAAGGAUGGUGUAACAGUAAGUUCUGAGGAAGUGUUUGAAGAAGGUCCUCUUAAAAUAGUGGAUUGUAAACAUGAUAAAAUGGAACUGCUCAUGAAGGAGGAAGAGGCGAGCUGUUCCAAUAAUUUAGUUAAUUCUAGUGGGGAUGACAACAAUACAGAGUCUGGAUCCCACUCGUAUCACAAGAAAGAUGAAUUGGGCUAUAAGGUUUCAAAUAAUGGUGGAACCACCUGCCAACUCUCAUGCGAUGGAGAUUCUCCUAUGCUGCAAAAUAAAAGACGCAAUGAGUCUGAUAUGUAUUUAAGAAAGUAUAGUAAGAGGCACUCAAGCUUAAAAGAUGUUCUCCAUCGUAAGACCAAAUUUCUUUAUGAAGAUUUGCCCCUUGAAAGUCAGGCUUCAGCUCCUGGACUACCUAGUUUACAGAUGAACUGUUCUAAGGCAUCGAGAACAUUAUCUGAUGCUUCUUUCCAAUCUCCUUCAGUUCCCCUGCAAGCUUCUGCAUAUGCAAGUGGGCCAUCUGGAAACCAGUUGUGAACCUUCGCAGGGAAAAUGCAAAGCCAGUGUCGCAACCCCAAAGGAAGCUUCUCCUGGCGAUCAUGGAGAAGAUCGAGUAGGAAGUCCAGAAGCUGAAGGAUGUAGGCUUCAUCCUUGAAGAACAGCACUCAGACUAGUUGGCAAACAUAAUCCCCAGUAACUAAGAAGUGUAAAAUCCGUGUUUGUAUAGACUUCUGUAACCUAAAUGAUGUGUGUCCAAAGGUUUCAGACAAGUGACCAGUAAUGUAAACUUACUCUUCCUCUUCCUUUAGCAGCUGACUGCUUCCUAACAGAAGAAAGAAUGUCAUAUUGCUGGUCGUUAUCUGUUUAAAGUCUAUCUUAUCUUUACCAUA